AUGGCCAUGGUGUUAUGGGGAUCGAGCCUCAACUCCAUGCUCCCACCCGAAAAGCCAUCAGAGGUCGAUGGAGAUCAGGAGUUGCCGCCGGCUUUCCCAAUUGACGACCGCUUUAGCAAUGGAGGCGAACCCCUACCUGAUGAAGCCGAAAUGUGCCGACGAGCUCGCGUGGAUACUGGUGAAUCGCUGGCAACGCGAGAAUCCUACUUCUCCGACAGCAUGCCAACUAGUGCCAGUGUCAAUGCGCCCCCGAACCGGGUCUUGCACAACCGCAACACAGUUCUUGUCGAGAACAUGAUGAAG